AUGCGUAUGACUGAGAAAAAAAUUUUUAUUAACUAUUUCCAUUCUACUUUGAAGGAUGUCUCUUUCACAUCUAUUCAUCUUUCAAGACCAGCAAUUAGUGGUCAUGAAUAUGCAUGGGGAUUAGAAAAAGCUGCUGGAAGAGAAGUUGUUGGUUAUGGAUCAUGUGGUGAUGAGACUUAUCAAGAUCGUCUUGAUUAUUGGUAUCCAUCUAUUAGAUUCCGUAAAGAUGAUGAAGUAAUAGCUCCAAUUCGUCAAAAAGAGUUGGGUAGUUGGAAAAAUUUGUCUAAUGAAGAGAAGAAACUUUUAUACAGAUACAGUUUCAAACAGACCCUUGCUGAAUUCGAAGCACCAUCUGGAUACUGGAAGGUAAUGCUUUCAAUUGUAUUCACUGUUUUAGGAUGUGCAACACUUUUUGCUACAUUCCUUACAAAGAAAUGUUUACCACCAAUUCCACCAACAUUUGAUAAUGAAUAUAAGGAAGCAUCUGUUGAAAGAAUGUUGGUACUUGAAAAAGGUAACUUCCUUGGUCCAGCUAAAUACUGGGACUAUGAAAAUAACAAGUGGAAGAAAUAG